CAGAGAAAAUCUGGUUAAGAAGAUUUGGCGCCUUGGUUAUUAAUUAUGAUUAGUAGUAUUGGAUCGAUCUUCGAUUGGUACUAUAAAAACUCUCUCCAGUGCUAACCCUAACAUCGAUCGAUCCUCUCCUCUCCUCUCAUCUCUCUCGAUUGAUCAAUCGAUCCCACAAAUAAUUAACUAAUUAGUAAUAUAAUGGGAACUACGACGACGACGACGACAUCCAUCUGCCUCGUCCUCAUCCUCAUCAUCUCCAUCGUCGUCAACCAUUCCGCCGCCCAGGAGCCGCCUCCAGUCCUCGACAUCGCCGGGAAACCUGUCCGCACUGGCGGGAAGUACUACAUACUGCCCGGCAUACGCGGCCGGGGCGGGGGGCUGACCGUCUACCGCGCCCCCGGCAAAAACAUCACAUGCCCGGCCAGCGUGGUCCUGGCACAAAACGAGGUCGACAGCGGCCUCCCCGUGAGCUUCAGCCCGGUGAACGGCCCGGCCCAGCUGGUCCUCGAGUCCAGUAGCCAAAUCCUCAAGUUUUCGAGCGCGGACGUGGCCUCGGCCUGCGGCGGCGCCGCCGUGACCGUGUUGAAGCUGGGCGUCUACGACAGGGCCACCGAGACGCUCUUCACGGAGAGCGGGAAGAUGGAGGGCCCGGCGUCCACCAGCUUGUUCAGGAUUCUGAAGUCCGAGACCGGGAUCCCCUACAGCUACAAGCUGGCGAACUGCCUCAACAAAGUGACGUGCAGGGACUUGGGGAUAUUCACUCACACCCAGCCUCAAGACGGGACCAGGCGCCUGGCCCUCAGCCUCCUUCCCGCUGACGACACUCGCUUUCAGCCGUCUUUCCCCUUUUUCUUCAAAGAGGCCCCGGCCUGACCGGACCGGCGACAAAUUAAAACCAGCUACGUAUACCACCGUGGAAUAGAUGGAAGAAUUUAAAAUGCAACCACCCACCCACCUACCUCUCUAUUUACAGACACCUAGCGUAGCUAGCCGUGUGAUUUCUAAUAAUAAUAAAUAAAUAAAUGAUGACAAUGAUGAUCACACUAUUGCAUGCAUGCAAUUGUACUUGGAUUAAUUAAUAAAU